AUGAGUCUUGAUUUAUCCAAAUUGAAGGAGAAAGUGUCCUCCAAAUUGGGAGCUUCAAAGGCCAAAGACACUAAGCCUAAGAAGAGUAAGAAGCAGGGCGAAAAAGAGACAGACGUUACUCCAGCUAAAGAGGAAACUGCUGUCACCAAUGAAGAAUUGAUCCGUGAAGCUCUGUCUCUUGGAGCCUCUGAAAAAGAUGUCCAGCUUGUUGAUGGUGUUGACGACGAUGCCAGUGAGAUUGAAUUCAAUGAAGCCGAUGAAGAAGUUGAUGACGAGUUUAAGAGCGAUUUCAGUGCUUUAUUGAAGAAUAUGGGAUUCGAUAAACUACCUGAACCUGAAGUUGUAGAAGAACCAACAGUUACUGAGGAUGCAGGCAAAGAAGAGAAAGAUAUUGAAGAGGAGGAGGUAGAAGUUGAAGAAGAAGAAGAAGAAGAGACGGUAGAGAAAGAGGAGGAACCACUUAGUCCUAAACCAGCAGAAAAAAAAAAGGAAGAUCAAUCCGACAUGAUCACUCAAACUCAUAUUGUUCAAAGUGAUAAAUUACUUGUUCCAUCAGAUUUGUUGUGGUACGAAGUUCCUUUGGACCCUGAAUUAACAAGAGAACAGGAUCCGCUAACGAAAGAACAGAUAGAUAAGUUAUACCAGCGUGGUAAAGAGGCCUUAGAAUUAGAUAACACUAAUUACUACGAAGAAUUUACCAAGAACUCAUCUCAACGUAAGUUUAUGUCCCAGAUCUUAAGCGAUGGUACGUUGAACGAUAAAAUUAGUGCUUUGACUUUAUUGCUACAGGAAUCUCCAUUGCAUAAUAUCAAAUCUCUUGAUUCUUUGAUAUCCUUUUGCGGGAAGAAGUCAAGAAAUUCCGCAUUACAAGCUUUGAAUGCUCUGAAGGAUUUGUUCUUAAAUGGUCUGUUACCUGACCGCAAGUUAAAAUACUUCAAGAACCAAAACCUUUCCAUGCUACUGAAUAAGAGAACUUUAGCUAUUUUAUAUUUUGAGGAUUACUUGAAGGGUCUAUAUUUCAAGAUUUUGGAAAUCUUUGAGAAAUUAUCCCAUGAUCCUAUCAUCUAUGUCAGAAUGCAAGUGCUAACACAUAUCUUUGACCUGCUAACAGCCAAACCAGAACAGGAAUUCAACUUGUUGAAACUUGGUGUUAACAAAUUAGGUGACAUUGAUAACAAAGUAGCGUCAAAGGCUUCCUUCAAACUUUUGAAACUUGAAACUCAACAUCCAAAUAUGAAAUCAAUUGUGGUAGACGCUGUUGUCGAUAUUGCCAUAAGGCCUCAAGCUGACUAUCAUACUACAUACUAUUCCGCAUUGACACUUAAUCAAACAAUUUUGAAACGCUCCGAGAAGAAUCUAGCAAAUCAGCUAAUCAAGACCUAUUUCACUUUAUUCGAGAAAUUCUUAAUCCAAACUGAUGCUGAUAACGAGGAAUCAAAGAGUGAAAUCAAGGAAUCCGAUAAGUCAUAUGAAAAGAAGAGAAAGAAGAACUUCAAGAAGGGUAAAAAGGGUGGUAAGUCUGUCAUUGAAGAAAAAAGUGCUCAAGAAGUUAUCGAGGAAAAAAAUACCAAAUUAUUCGGUGCUAUUCUAACUGGUUUGAAUCGUGCUUUCCCAUUCUCUGAUAUGCCGGGAUCCGUGUACGAGAUACAUCUUGAUACAUUGUUCAAGAUAACACAUGCGUCUAAUUUCAACACUUCAAUUCAAGCAUUAGUAUUGAUUCACCAGGUUGUCGUGAAGACAAACAUCACAAGUGAUAGAUAUUACAAGACAUUAUACGAAUCCCUACUCGACCCAAGAUUGGUGUCGUCAUCGAAGCAAGGUAUUUACUUAAACUUGCUUUACAAAUCUUUGAAAGAUGAUAAAGACAUUGGAAGAGUGGAUGCUUUCGUAAAACGUAUAUUGCAAGUCUGUGCCCAUUGGUUGAACAUCGGUGCCAUUAGUGGUAUGUUCUUUUUGUUGAUACAACUUUCAAAGAGUUUACCGCAGAUCAGAAAUGUUCUAAUCAACUCACCACUAGACUCUGUUUACGAAUCUGAUGACGAAGAUUCCAGGGAUAAAACUAAGGAAAAACCUGGUUACGAUAGCCGUAAACGUGAUCCAAAAUAUGCCAACGCUGAAAAUUCAUCGCUUUGGGAGAUAAAUCAAUUCUUGUCCCAUUUCCAUCCUACUGUGCAGUCGUACGCACAAGGGUUCUUCGACGGUGACACUCAAGAAACAAGAGAGUUAGUCAAACCCGAUCUUGGCCUAUUCACGUUAGCCCAUUUCUUGGAUAGAUUCGUGUACCGUAACGCCAAGCAAAAGCCAACCACUAGAGGUUCAUCUAUCAUGCAACCUUUGGGAGGUGUACACACUGGUUCGUUAUUAGUGAAGGCCAGCGAUACCACAUUGCACGAAGUACCUGCUAACACGGAGAACUGGUUAAGUAAGAAGGUGCAAGAUAUCAAGCCAGAUGAAAAGUUCUUCUAUCAAUAUUUCUCUACAAAGACUAAUGCCAUCAAAUCUACCAAGUCAGGUGCAGAGGAUGAAAACGGUACAGCUGAAUUCGACGAGGAAAGCGAUUUGGACGAAGAUGAAAUUUGGGAUGCUUUAGUGAAGUCAAGACCUGACGUCGAAGGUGACGAAGAGGACAGCGAUGUUGAGUUCAGUGAGGACGAUUUCUCACAGGAUGAUUUCGGAUCGUCAUCCGAAGAUGUCGAUAUUGAUCUCAAAGACCUUGCAUCUUCGGGAGACGAAGAUGAGGCAUCAGAAGCUGAUCUUGAAGCUGAAGAAGGUGAACCAGAAGACAUCAGUGACUUCGAUCCAGAAGAGGCCAAAUUGUUUGAAGAUAACCUCGAAGACGAAGUAAAAUCUGAUGAAGAUGUAUUCUACAGUGCUGCAGACGACUCCUCGCAAGAAUCUGAUGUGGAAGACACAGAGCAACAACCUCCAAGAAAGAAAUCAAAGAAACAAAAACUACGCGAACUACCAACUUUUGCGUCGGCAGAAGACUACGCCCAAUACUUGAACUCAGAUGAAGAAUAA